AUGCCUCCCAAAGAUCGUCUUCUCGAGGAGCGUCAAAAGCGUCGUCGCUUAGCUCGAAUGCGCUUCAAAUCGCUCAUUCGAAAGACGAUCGUUAACAACUUUUGGCUUCAAGAACUUUCAGACCAAAAACUCGGCGACAAUGUCAAACGAAAUGUCGCGAUAAUCAUGAAACGCAAAGGCACCAAAGGUCUCUUAAGUAUCCUCGACAAAGCAGUUUUAAACAUUCCCGCAGAUGAUCGAACGCCGGAACAAAAAAGGAAAUUAGUCCCGCUUCUUCUUGACUUGCCAUGUUUCCAACGAUUUCCUCCCGUCAUUCGAGCACAACUUGCCAGCUGUACUUAUUUCUACUUUGUCAAUGCACGACGAAUCAUUCUGAGACAACAUCAUCAUGCAAGCGCCGUGUACUUCAUUCUGAACGGCGAGGUUAACAUUUCGAAAGAAACACUCGAUAAUGUCACGAAUGAACGAAAGGAGGAAAUUGUGGGUACUUAUGUGAAUGGAGACAUGUUUGGGGAAGUUGCCAUCAUGAAAAAUACCAAACGGAUCGCUACGAUUUCAGCAGAAACUGAUUGUGAAUUGCUGUGCAUUUAUCGCGAAGACUUUAAUCGCCUUCUUCGACCAACGCUGCAACGACAAUGGGACCAAAUUCAACAAGCCAUGUCUCGUUUCAAGUAUUUUAGUUAUUGGUCAACGCAACAAAAGGAAGAGUGCUGUAUCUUAUCGAAAAUCAAGCAAUUUUCGCCGAAUGACAUUGUCUAUGGCGAUACGGGAAAUUUCCUAAACUUUUCCCAUUUCAUCUUGAGUGGUCAAUGCAUGGUACUUCAAUGUCUUAAAAUCAAGAAACGUAAUGGACUUACCUCGAAAGAGACGAAAUACGAACUCCUGCCUGCCAAAUCGAAAAUUAACGAAGUCGAUGAUCCAUCAACGGAUUUCCAUUUUGUGGAUGUCGGAACAAUGAGUGCAGGAGCAGCUUUCGGUUUGGGCGAAAACUUGGAGCAUCGUUCAAUUGUAGCAAAAACGACAGUACAAUGUCUCCUAAUUCCUCGCUACUGGUUAUUUCAAAAGGCACAAAACAAGGGAAACUUAUGGGAGAGAAUUAAACUUUACAUGGAUGCUACAAUCCCAUCGCGUGAAACUACAUUUCAAGAUUUCCUUGAUACUCAAAAAUGGAAAAGUUACAGAAAGGAACUUGUAGAAAAUGUUUUUGCGAAUAAGAAAAUUACGAAUCCCACCAUUUAUUACGACAUUCCUUUAGUUUGUCGCAUUACGGGAAAUUAA